UUCGUAAACACUCUAUGACUUGCAGCGUUUGUACAUGAAAUAUUAUAUUGGAACCGGAGAAGCCGCCUAAUAACGGUGGAUAAAUUACACACAUUGUCCCAAAUGACCCAGUGAACAUAAAUCAGACAUAUGGCCCAACGGAAAACUUUUUGCCAAUUACAUAAAAACAUUAUUUUAUAGUACAAAUCAAAUUCAUAAAAUCAAAAUAAAUAAUUGCUGUGUAUUAAUCAGUCUCUACUUGGUCAUAGGUGUGGGAGGCGGUCACUAAAUCGACAAUUUGACAAGAUAAUGCUACAUUCACAACUGUAGGAAUUUUGCAUUCGGUGUACUUGCAAUGGAAUUGAAAUUAUUAUCCGGUAUGUGGCUAUUUCCUUGGGUUAAGCUAUGACUCUUUCUAUGUGCUAUAUGUAUGUCAUGUUAAGGAUAACUUCGCACAGUAUUUGCAUACCACCCAAUAUCUUCGAGAUUGUGAAAAACACGCCAUUCGGGUCCGGUCCGUGAAUGCAACACGCUGCUGUCAAGCAUCGGAGAACGAAGAUUUCACCAUGUCUCGCACUGACGAGGUUCAUCGCUUGACGGAAAAUGUUUAUAAGACCAUCAUGGAGCAGUUCAACCCCUGCUUACGGAACUUUGUUGCCAUGGGGAAGAACUAUGAGAAGGCCCUCGCCAAUGUGACAUUUGCUGCAAAAGGUUACUUUGAUGCCCUGGUACGAAUGGGUGAGCUGGCCAGUGAGAGUCAAGGAUCCAAAGAUUUGGGGGACGUUUUGUUCCAGAUGGCUGAGGUCCACAGACAGAUCCAAGUGCAGCUAGAGGAAAUGCUCAAAUGCUUCCACAAUGAGUUGCUCUCUGAGCUUGAGAAGAAGGUGGAUCUAGAUGCUCGGUACUUGACUGCUGCCUUGAAAAAAUACCAGCUGGAACACAAGAGCAAAGGGGAGAGUCUGGAAAAAUGCCAGGGUGAACUGAAGAAGCUUCGAAGGAAGAGUCAAGGCAGUAAGAACCCUUCAAAGUACGGAGAGAAGGAGAUGCAGUUUGUGGAGACCAUUAGCAAUAAGCAGACAGAGCUAGACACCUUCAUAGCUGAGGGCUACAAGACGGCCUUGUCAGAGGAACGCCGCAGAUACUGCUUCCUUGUGGACCGGCAGUGUGCUGUGGCCAAAAACAGCAGCGCCUACCAUGGAAAGGGAAAAGACCUUUUGACCCAGAAGAUCCCAGUGUGGCAGCAGGCCUGCUCAGAUCCCAACAAACUGCCAGACAGAGCCAUGCUGCUGGCCCAGCAGAUGGGUUCUGCUGCUCUUGGAGGCACAAGUCCCCUGCACUCCUCCAAAUCCAAUCUGGUCAUCUCAGACCCCAUACCGGGGGCUCAGCCUCUUCCUGUUCCCCCGGAGCUGGCUGUUUUUAUGGGGAGCGGCCUCGGACACCCAGCGAGGCUGAUGGGCCCGGAUGGCAUGUCGAUGGUCAAUGGGACGACAGGAGUCCACGGCGAGGAAUACUGGACAGAUGGGGGUGCAAUGUCUGUGUCUCAAGUUAGGCCAGCAUCCCCUCAGACUCAGGCACAGAGCCAGUCCCAGGUCCAGCCCCAGAGACAGGUCAGCGACGUCUACUCCAACACCCUCCCUGUGCGUAGGCCUGCUCCUGCCAAGAAUAAAAACCCAGUGGGAGAGACACGGACUCUGCCCAGGUCCAGUUCCAUGGCAGCCGGACUGGAAAAGAAUGGGCGCUCGCGYGUCCAGGCCAUCUUCUCCCAUGCCGCAGGCGACAACAGUACCCUGCUAAGCUUCUCCGAGGGAGAUGUCAUUACCCUGCUAGUGCCUGAGGCUCGUGAUGGCUGGCACUAUGGAGAAAAUGAGAAGAACAAGAUGCGUGGCUGGUUCCCAUUCUCCUACACACGUGUGCUCCCUGAAAGCGAUGGCGACAAGCUCAAAGUGAAUUCCAGUCUCCAUCAUGGUAAAAGCAGCAGCACUGGGAACUUGCUGGAGAGCGACGCAUCACUGCCCACACCUGACUACGGCCUAACUGCCCGACUGUUGGCACAGAGCUUAGCACAGACCCGCCCACGGCCCUACAGCAUGGCAGGGUUCGCUCCACAGCCUGCCAUUGAGGAUUAUGACAGCCGCUUUGCCACAAGUAGCGGUUGGUGGGUGGAGGAUUGCGUUGAGCGUGAGAUCCCGAGCGGGGCCUACCUGCUCGGCAUGCAGCGAURCGGACACUGAACACUCUCUCUGAUCACAGUCCGCACAUCUCGGACUGUCCUCUCAAGAGACUGCCUUUGCUACUGCUCGUCUUUCAUGCAUGUACAUGGUUGUGUCAUUUUGUCAGAAACUGAAAGACAUGUUCAUGUACUGUUCAAGUGCCAAAAGACUUCAAUGUCGUUGUACUUAAACCCACUGACUGAAUGGCCUUUUUUUUUUUAAAGCACCAUGGGGCCCCAAUACUGUUGAGUUCCCACCAAAAAACCAGGCUGAAAAAGCUUCGUUUCAACAAACAUGUCCAGCAGCUCGCCGUGUUUCUGUUUUCAGAACUCCCACAGGUCCUGCUGUGCUUCCUUGUGUCAGUGCUAGAUCUUUCUGUCCGGAGGGUGUGUCAUAUCUGCCUUACUUUACUUGUUUGUUUGUUUUUUUCGAAUAAACACAAACAUACAAAUUCUUUUGUUUUCUUCCCAGUCCAUCUAAAAUAAAUGUGUGCUUGGUUAAACUUCACACCCUCAGGCAUACUUGUUUAUUUCCUUGCUUUUGUUUUUUUUUUGUUUUUGUUUUUUUUGCAUUCCUGGCUUACUUACUUACUGCCAGAUAUCUUGGUUAAAUUAAAAAUACUGUUUACUUUUUUCCCCACUUAAAACUGUACCAGUGAACUUUUUUUGUUAACUAUUCUUAAAUUACAGCUGUGAAUAACUUGAGAUUUACUUAUCAACACAGCUUUCUGCAAUUUUCCCUGUUUUUUUUUUUCUUUGUUUUUUUUUUCCCCCUUCUGAUCGUAUUCCUUGAGUGGCUGUGCAGUUUUGGUCUUUUCUUUUAAAGGAAAAAAAAAGGGUAAUAAUAAACACUGUCCUUGUAACAUAUUUCCAGAAAAAAUGGUAAACAUACUGAUGAGUUGAAGCGUUUAUCUUAUGCAUGCCUUGGAGGGGGAAACCAGAAAAAUGUGACACUAAAAAUUGACCUUGAAUGUAUGGUGACUUUUUACAAAGGUAUUCUAAAUAAAACACAUCUCUAUAUAUUAAUAAA